GCACAGGAUUAUCCAGCCUUCGGAGAGUGAUUAUGGCGAUUCGCUCUGGUUAUCGGUUAUGGGUGAAAUUUCAGAAAAUCCGCGUUCGGGCGAACUAAAUGAGAUAAAUGUUCGUAUUUUGAUUUUGGGUUUGGGUUUGGGUUUUGUUCUGCGAGACGAUGAAUCUGGGUCUUGGGUUUGGGUUUUGUUCUGCGAGACGAUGAAUCUGGGUCUUCUUCCUCCUAAAAAAUUCCAGAUUCAGUCUACGAUUACAGUGAGAACUCAGAGAAAAGGGGAUGAAAGACAUGUGCAAGGAGGAAACUGAAACGCCAAACAGAGCAUUACCCAGAAAUAUUGAAGAGUAGAGAAUAACCCAUCGAUUGUAUUUUCUGAAAUUGUGGGAGAAUGGGAACAACCAUGAAACAAUGAUCAUCCAGACGACCAGAGCUCAAAGCUGGACUUAAUUUUUCUCGAAGGAGUUGCGGCUUUUCCUUACCCCAUCUUCCUCUUCACUCGCACAAAACAAAACUACCCUAAUAGUCUUCCAUGGUUAGCAUCAGCACCACAACUUACGUUGAGAAUUUCCAAUGCUGGAGGUCAUCCAUAAACCAGAUUUCCCAUCUUUCCUGCUUGCGUUGCUGCCGUGAUGUUACAUGCAAGUCGAAGCUUUCUUUUCAAAAAAUUCAAUCAGCGUUUGAACAUAGAGAGCUUUUGACGAGUCUAGCGGUCUGGUUGUCAGACAACUUACGUGUCAAUCCCCCGAUUUGGGACUCAUUCACAAAACUUAGGUAGGCGCAAGAGAGAGUGAAGAGAAUAUUAUAUACUUUGAAACUGCUCACAAGGCCAUGUGAAACUUGACGCACACUAAUACUGGUACUGUCAAGUCUUUCGCGUUAGGAUCAAACAGGACGGGCCGACGGUGUAGCAAUUACGGUAAUUAAAAAGAAAUGGUGUUCUCACCAGAUUGCCAUAUACAGUUUUUACAUUACCAGUGACCCCACUCUGCCCUUACUUCAGCUUCUCCACUCCGCAUACACCACCCAUUUGCAAUUUCUAAGUCGACUGCCGCGUGGAGACGAUAAGGAGCGUAAUAAAUUGUGUGGCGGCGACUCAGAAAAAGAAGUGAGAUAUUACGAAAGCUGCUUGUUUUAUAUUGGAGAACUUGAUUCUGGGUUUUGUGCUUUUUCUGUUUGGGUUUUUGGUUGGAAAAUCCGAGAUGGGUACUGCCCCUUUUGUCAUUUUAUUUUUCUUCUCUCAUCUUCUGCCUCCUCUCUUUGCAAAGCCCCACAACUGUUCAUCCUUCGUGUGCGGGAACCUCGGCAGUAUCAGAUUCCCCUUCAGGAAAAUCAAUGAUGAUCCGGAGUGCGGGCUUUUGACAGUUACGUGUUCACAGCCAGACCAGAGGAUCCAGCUGGUGGAACAAGGAAAAUGGUACCAAGUUAUGAACAUAUCUCAGGAUGACACCAUUUUCAUCAACGACGUAGAGCUUCAACAGCGCUUGAAAAACAACAAGUGUGAUGUUUUCGAGAAUUUGAAAUUGCCCACCUCUCUUAAAAUCAAUUUGAUAAUUGAACCCAAUAUGACUUUCUUUAAAUGCAACCGUACUCUACAUAGUGCUCUACACACUCGUUUUGAACAUACCUGCGGUGCCUACGAUAUCAAAUAUGAUGAUGUUCCCUAUAAUUUUCGAAAAGAAGUUCCUCCUCAAUGUUCAGUCAUUCAGCUUCCGAUGGCGAAGCAGAACAAAAACUAUUCGGACCCGUUUUCACUUUUAGCUCAUGAAUUCUAUCUUAAAGCACAAUUAUCCUGGGAUUGUAUCGAUUGUCGUCAUCAAGGAGGCCAGUGUAAAUAUGACAGCAAGGGGAGAGUUCGAUGUGUAGUCAAUGUGGAUUGCGUCUCUGCAAUCUGCAUCCAAUCUUCAAUGUUUAAACUCACUGCCAUCCCUCUUCCUCUUAACUCUUUGUUUUCAGGUAAAGGAAAAUCGAUCUUGAAGCUAGCAGCAGGUAUUGGGAGUGCGACCAUUUUCAUCCUCAUUGUUUGCUCAAUCCUUUAUAUCGUUUGGCGUCGUUACCGGCAGAAGUAUGCUUCUUCAGAUUUCAUCUUCACAAACCCUCCUGAUCCUUCCACAAAAUCAGGCCCUGGGGAUUGCUUCUACUUUGGGGUCCCAGUCUUCACGUACAGUGAACUUCAAGAAGCCACUUAUAAUUUUGACCCUGCCAGAGAACUUGGCGAUGGGGGUUUUGGAACUGUAUACCAUGGCAAACUCCGAGAUGGGCGGGAAGUUGCAGUUAAGCGCCUUUAUGAGAAAAGUUACAAGCGGGUUGAGCAGUUCAUGAAUGAAAUUGAAAUCCUUACCCGCUUACGCCACCAGAAUCUUGUCACUCUUUAUGGUUGCACUUCGCGUUACAGCCGUGAGCUCCUCCUUGUUUAUGAAUUCAUUCCCAAAGGAACAGUUGCUGAUCAUCUCCAUGGUGAUCAGGCAACACCCAGCUCGCUCCCAUGGCCUGUUCGGUUGAGAAUAGCCAUAGAAACAGCCAGUGCAUUGGCUUACCUCCAUGCUUCUGAUAUCAUACACCGAGAUGUGAAAACUAACAACAUCCUCCUUGACAAUAAUUUUGGUGUCAAGGUUGCAGAUUUUGGGCUUUCACGACUGUUCCCAAAUGAUGUCACGCAUGUCUCAACUGCUCCACAGGGCACUCCUGGCUAUGUCGACCCUGAGUAUCACCAAUGCUACCAGCUUACCGAGAAGAGUGAUGUCUAUAGUUUUGGGGUUGUCCUCAUUGAGCUCAUUUCAUCAAUGCCAGCUGUAGAUAUUUUUAGGCAAAACCAUGAAAUUAAUCUGGCUAAUUUAGCAGUUAACAAGAUCCAAAACCAAGCAUUUGGUGAGUUAGUGGAUCCAUGCCUCGGGUUUGAAUCAGAUUUAGCAGUUAGGAGGAUGACAAUUUCAGCUGCAGAAUUAGCUUUUCAGUGUCUGCAACUUGACAGGGAAGCAAGGCCAUCCAUGGUCGAGGUUUUGAAGGUCUUGAUGAUCAUAGAGAGCGAGCAGGGCAAUGUGGAGAAGACAGAAGAUGCACAUGACACAGCUGGGGCACCAUUGCCGGUUGUUCCACCACCGGCUUCGCCAGAAUCUGAUAAUGUUGUUCUGUUGAAGCGUAUGCACCUGCCAACUUCACCGGGCACUGUGAUGGAGAAAUGGGCUAGUAGGUCUACUACAACCACUGCCAGUGGUUAAUGCUUUCUUCUUUCCAUUUUCAUGGUAGUAACAGGAAUGUGUUUGGAGGCAUGGUGAGCACCCAAGUGAUAAUGAUUUUCUAAACUUCAUUUUUCUUCUCGUCUGCUUGUGUUGCUGUUUGUAUAGAGAUGAACAUUAUCAGAGGUUGUAUUGUGGCAGGGUAAAUGUACAUAGUAUAUGGAGCUGUCGUCUGUGUACCUGUACUGAUGUGCUCGACAAAUUUUGAGACGUGAUUUUCUCA